AUGUCAAAAAUGAUCAUCUUUAUGAUGUUGUUCCUGUUGCUGUCCUCACUAGCUACCAUUGAUGAAGGAGAAGGAUCUUAUUGUAUGGCUGAUUGUACUGGAUAUAAACAUAAAGCAUCACUGUAUAUAAGGACAUGCUGUAACAGCAGUAACUUAGGACAGACUAUUCGUAUGAGAGAAGGAAGAGUGAAGACUAUCAUGGUAUGUCCUGAUGUAAGGCCACAAGCCUGUCCACCACUAAAUAUCAGUGAUUGUAAGAGCUUGUUUGAGAAUGGUAAUAAUGCAAGUGAUGUUUAUACUGUUAAUCCUGAUGGAGGGACUCCAUUUGAAGUAUACUGUGAUAUGGAGACUGAUGGUGGUGGAUGGACUGUAUUUCAGAGAAGAGAAGAUGGAUCUGUUGAUUUCUAUAGGAACUGGACUGACUAUGAGAAUGGAUUUGGUGACCUUACUGGUGAGUUUUGGUUAGGAUUGAGCAAGAUUCAUCGUCUUACUAAAGAAGGAUCAAACACACUAAGAGUGGACCUGGGAGACUUUGAGGGGAACGAAACAUAUGCUAACUACUCUACAUUCAAUAUUAGUGAUGGUAGUACUGAAUAUAUACUAACAGUAGGAGGAUACUCUGGUACUGCUGGGGAUAGUCUGGCCUAUCAUAAUGGAAGUAGAUUCAGUACAAGAGACAAUGAAAAUGAUAUAUGGUCAGGAGGUAACUGUGCUCAGGCUGCCACUGGUGCCUGGUGGUAUAAAAGCUGCUAUUAUGCAAAUCUUAAUGGCCGUUAUUUUAAUACUUCAAUCAUCAUCAGUCAAGGAAUUAGGUGGUGGAUUUGGAUACCAACAACUCUGCAGUUCUCAGAGAUAAAAACUCGUCGAAACAAUUAA